AUAAGGUGUCCUUGGAUAGCCUUUGAAGUGUAGUUUCAUAAUUGAGUGGCCUUUGUUCGAGUAGAGAGAGAAAUCAUCCAAAAAUCGAUCUGGAACGAGCAGUGGUCUGUGAACUCGAGCUGUGGGAGUGCUGAGACUGUUUGGUUGAUAUCUCGAGUUUUACCAAUCCAAUUAAGGCGUGUGAGAUACCAAAAGAAAGCUCUCAAGACGAGGAAUCCGUGAAGAUCUGGUUUGCAUCAAUCGGAGUAGAGUAAGGCUUCCAAAUCGUCCGAGCAGAACGCGACCUCGCAGGAACGGAUUUACUCUUCUAAGAAACGAGUUAGCCGGAAAACACCCAUUCUAGGGGCUGUUUUCGUACCAACGUUUAGGGGUUGAGCUAGCACCUUGAAGGGGCUGUUUAACACUCAUAUUUAAGCAAGGAAUCAGUUCCAAAUCCACCUUGACCGAAGCUUUGACCAUUGGACCAAGAAGGGAAAGUUUAAAGCUCAAUUGAGGUUGAGGCUAGAGCUUGCAUCCUGUGCUCGUUGAUCGGGUGAUCCCUCGGAGAGAAGACUUGAAAUGGACCGUGGUGGCAGGAUUACUAGGAGAAACCCGACGGGUCGUGUACCAGUGGAGACUGGACAGGGCAGUCGAAGGACCUCUAGGGCAUCUAGAGGAGCUGGCCGUGGAGGCCGAUCACAGACCGUGAGUGACGGUCAUGUCGACACGGAAAGUGAAACCUACUGGUCCUAUGAGGACUCGACCUAUCGACCGGAAACUGAACCGGUUGAGACCCCUUAUGAAGGGGAUGAUGAUGAUGUAAGUGAUGAGGAGGAAAAUGGCUCCUUAGCACGGAUUGAAGCACUACUUCAACAGUACCACCGUGAGCGUGAGGAGAGGAGGGAACGCCGAAGGCGCCGGGCUGGGCAACCGUCGGGCGGGGCUUCAAGAGGGAGAAGCCAUGGCGACUCUAGGGCCCACAUUGAACCACAUGGGGGUCGGGGUGAUGGAGGUCCAAUCAUAAGGAUCUCCAAAUACAUCAAAGAGGCACGAGACUUGGGGUGCAAACCGUUCGAUGGGACGGGUGACAUCUCCGUUUCGGCACAAUGGAUUAAGCGGCUGAAUGAGGCAGCCUUGGACAUGCAACUCACCCCCGAAUAUAAACUAAGGGUUGCGGUGAGAUUGCUUGAAGGUAUGGCAUCCAAGUGGUGGGAUGGGACCAAAGGCAAAUAUGGCGAGACCGUCACUUGGGAGGAUUUCCGACAGGAAUUCUUUGCCCAAUAUUACUCGGAUUUUGAGGUGAACAAGAAAGUGAGGGAAUACACCCUUCUAACCCAAGGGGGUAACAUGACGGUGAGGGAACUUGAGUACAAGUUCAGGGAUCUUGCCGAUUACAUACCUGAGUAUGCUUGUGACGAGAACCGGAUGGUGAACCACUUCUGGGAUGCUCUAGACUUGGAGAUACGUGACAGGGCAACACAAUUGCCUAACAUGACGUUUGCCCAAGUGGUUGACCAAGGGUUGAAAGGAGAGAAGUAAUGGGAAGAAAGGAAGAAGAGAGACGCCGAGGAGGCGAAAAAGAGAAAGUGGGAGAGUCAUGGCUCCCAAGGUUCCAACAAAAAGGGGAACCACGGAGGAGGAUCUUUCCGGGCACCACCGCCACCAUAUAGGGGGAACCAAGGCCCGAGUGGGCAAGGCGCGAGGUCACAAACCUCAGUGGUAGCUCGUUGCAACAAUUGCAAGAAGAACCACUCCGGUAAAUGUCGCGACCCCCUAGAUGUUUUCAAUGCGGGGAUGCCGGGCAUUUGAAGGCACAUUGUCCACAAUUGAGUGGGGCAAGGACAUCGGGACCGAGUGGCGGUCCGACGGGUACACAGAAUCAAACCGGGGCUUCUCAAGCAAGCCGGGGACACGGGGGGGCAAGUACAAGUAACGCACCAUCCGUGAAUCAAGGAAGAACUCAAGCUAGAGUCUAUGCGAUGACGGAGGCGGAUGCCCAAGCGAACCCGGAUUCCGUUGCAGGAACAUUAAAGAUUAAUGGGAAGGAUGCACGAAUCCUUAUCGAUACCGGAGCGCAACGUUCAUUCGUGAGUGAGGCGUUUGCCGAGAGCUUAGAGAUACAAUCAAUACCAAUGACACAAACCUUAGUGGUAUCAACCCCACUAGGGGGAGACGUUGAAAGAAACAAUUACUAUCCAUCUUGUACGGUGGAAAUCGGUGGCCAAACCUUGACGUGUGAUUUCGUACCGGUGAGUAUGAUGGAGUUCGAUGCAAUCCUAGGGAUGGGUUGGCUAGAAAAGCAUCAUGCUAGGGUAGAUUGCUACACAAAGGUGUUGGAACUUGAAGGCAAACAUGGGGACACCCUACGCUUCGAGGGGGACCGAGGCAAAUCAAAUAGUUGUAUCAUAUCCGCCGUAAGAGCGAGAAAUAUGAUGAAGAAGGGAUGUCACGCAUAUCUAGCAUACGUGGUUGACGAGACCAAGGAAGAAACGAACAUCGAUGAUGUGAGGGUGGUUUGUAAGUAUCCGGAUGUCUUCCCUAAAGACCUACCGGGGCUUCCACCUGAUAGGGAGAUUGAAUUUGUGAUCGAGGUUGAGCCUGGUACCAAACCAAUCUCCAUACCGCCAUACCGUAUGGCACCCGCUGAACUUAACGAGUUGAAAACCCAAUUGCAAGAGCUUUUGGAUAACGGUUUCAUUAGACCAAGCCACUCCCCGUGGGGAGCACCAGUUCUUUUUGUGAAAAAGAAAGACGGGACACUUCGAAUGUGCAUUGACUAUCGUCAACUGAACAAGGUCACAAUCAAGAAUAGGUAUCCGUUGCCUAGGAUUGAUGACUUGUUUGAUCAACUACGAGGAGCAACCGUGUUUUCGAAGAUUGACUUGAGAUCGGGGUACCAUCAAUUGAAGAUUAAGGAAGACGACAUACCAAAGAGUGCUUUCCGCACAAGGUAUGGGCAUUUUGAGUUCCUUGUUAUGUCGUUUGGGUUAACAAACGCCCCAGCGGCAUUCAUGGACUUGAUGAACCGAGUAUUCCAUAAAUACUUGGAUCGAUUCGUGAUUGUGUUCAUUGAUGACAUCUUGAUUUACUCAAAGAGUGAAGAAGAGCACGAAGAGCACUUGAUACUUGUUCUUGAGACACUACGGGAGAAGCAACUCUAUGCCAAAUUUUCUAAAUGUGAAUUUUGGCUAAAGGAGAUUGGCUUCCUUGGGCACGUGGUUUCAGGAUCGGGAAUUGCUGUUGAUAACAAGAAGAUAGAAGCCAUUACUGAAUGGGAGAGGCCAAAGAACGUCAAGGAAAUUCGUAGUUUCCUUGGAUUGGCAGGCUAGUACAGAAAGUUCGUGGAGAAGUUCUCUGUUUUGGCAUCGCCAUUGACGAAGCUCACUCGAAAGGGAGCCAAGUUUGUAUGGGAUGACAAAUGUGAGGAGGGAUUCAUGGAACUAAAGAAGAGAUUGACUGAGGCACCGGUACUUGCAUUACCCAAACAAGGUGUGGGGUACGAUGUCUAUAGCGAUGCGAGCAUCCAAGGGCUUGGAUGUGUACUGAUGCAGAACGGGAGGGUAAUCGCCUAUGCUUCACGACAAUUGAAGAAGCAUGAGGUGAAUUAUCCUACUCAUGAUUUGGAGCUGGGGGCAGUGGUGUUUGCACUGAAGAUUUGGAGACAUUAUCUCUACGGAGAGACAUGUCAUAUAUAUACUGAUCAUAAGAGCUUGAAGUACGUGUUUACUCAGAAAGAGUUAAACAUGAGACAGAGACGGUGGAUGGAGUUGAUAAAGGACUACCAUCUAGUUAUUGAGUACCAUCCAGGCAAGGCAAAUGUUGUAGCAGAUGCCCUUAGUCGGAAGAAUUCGUCUGGGGCAUUGUUGACUUGUUUGAGAGCACUGAGGGCCCAAUUGGAUGUAUCUAACGACGGUGCUUUAUUGGCACGAUUCGAAGUGAGACCGACCUUACUUGAUGAGAUCAAGAAGGGUCAAGAGACUGACGCAGAACUGAUGAAGGUCCGGGAACGCAUGCAAGCGGGACCAGUGGAGGAUUUCAGGGAAAGAGAUGAUGGUCUCUUGUUAUUUCGUGACCGAGUGUGUGUACCGGCAGAUGAUGAGCUCCGAAAGUCCAUCUUAGAGGAAGCUCAUUCAUCGGCUUAUGCCAUGCACCCGGGGGGCACGAAGAUGUACCGCGACUUGAAGGAGAGUUACUGGUGGUCGGGUAUGAAGAGAGAAAUAGCCGAAUAUAUCAGUCGAUGCCUUACUUGUCAACAAGUUAAGGCAGAACAUCAGCAUCCAGCAGGCUUAUUGCAACCACUUUCUAUUCCUGAAUGGAAGUGGGAACACGUGACUAUGGAUUUUGUGAUAGGUUUACCACGAACAAUCAGGAACUAUGAUGCAGUUUGGGUUGUGGUAGAUAGGCUCACGAAGAGUGCACACUUCUUGCCUAUCAACACUACUUACCCACUUGAGAGGUUAGCCAAAUUGUAUACGGAUGAGAUCGUGAGGCUGCAUGGGGUCCCAGUGACCAUUGUAUCUGAUAGAGACCCACGAUUCACAUCACGUUUUUGGCCAAAAUUUCAGGAGUCUAUGGGCACGAAGUUGAAGUUUAGUACUGCUUUCCACCCACAGACGGAUGGGCAGUCUGAAAGAGUCAUACAGAUCCUAGAAGACAUGCUGAGGGCUUGUGCAUUGGAGUUCCAAGGAAGUUGGGACAACCACUUAGCACUUGUGGAGUUUGCCUAUAACAACAGUUAUCAGGCAAGCAUCGGCAUGCCUCCAUACGAGGCAUUGUAUGGGAGGAGGUGCCGUACACCGUUAUGCUGGGACGAGGUUGGCAUGGCCAAACUCGAGGGUACUGAGUUGGUUGAGGUCACCAAAUCAAAGGUGAAGUUGAUUCGAGAGAGACUCAAAGCGGCUCAGGAUAGACAAAAGAGUUAUGCAGACAAGCGUCGAAGGAUCUUAGAGUUUAAGGUUGAUGACGAAGUGUUCUUGAAAGUUUCUCCUUGGAAAGGGAUCAUUCGGUUCCAAACCCGAGGAAAACUUAACCCACGAUAUAUAGGUCCAUUCAGGAUUAUAGAGAGGAUUGGGGCCGUUGCAUAUCGUCUACAGUUGACUCCUGAGUUAGAGAAGAUACAUAAUGUGUUUCAUGUAUCCAUGCUUAAGAAGUAUGUGCAUGAUCCCUCUCACGUAUUGGAGAAGCCACCUGUAGAGGUACGUGAGGAUUUGAACUACACUGUUCAACCUAUCAAGGUCACCGAUAGAAAGGUGAAGAAACUGAGGAGCAAGGAAGUCCCAAUGGUUAAAGUCCUGUGGAAGAGCGAUCGGGUCGAGGAAGAGACAUGGGAAACAGAGGCUUUGAUGAGGAAGCAGUAUGCGUUCCUAUUCGAGUAGAGCUGUGAAUUUCGGGGACGAAAUUCCUGUUAAGGGGGAGUGAACUUGUGACACCGCACCCGAACGUCCUUGGAAAUUCGAUUUAAAAAUUCAAAAGUGAUGUAUUGAAUUCCCGAUUUCAAAACAAUGGAAAAAACGAUUAAUAUGUUGCGAAGUGCAUGAUUGAAUAUUGUAUUGUUCAAACCCGUAUUCUUUUGUAAUUUUCAUCAUGUAAAUUAUCGAGAUGAGCCUACACAUAUGGUAGAUCAAUAAUGGGAUGUAGGAAGUUGACUUGUCCUAAAUAAAUUAGGAUGAAUACAAAAAAAAAAGGACAUCUUUUGACAAAGAUAAAACAAUAGGACCCAUUUUCCCCAUUUUUGGAAGUAUUGGUAGAUAAUUUGGACCCCAAAUUAAUUGGGAUCAAUUGGGAACCACUCCACAUGAUUAUAGUACCUGCAAAACAAGAACAAUAAGUGAGGAGACUUACCUUGGCCUCACAAGCUGGAGGAGGGCUGCACAAGACUUGAUUGGAAUCAACCUUGAGACCCACCUUGUCUAUUUCCGCACAAAUCAUGGGUGUGUUUUGUCUCCCUUCAUUUUGAGAGUUGUACUCGUCCAAAUGAGGUGUAUAAGGUGUCCUUGGAUAGCCUUUGAAGUUUAGUUUCAUAAUUGAGUGGCCUUUGUUCGAGUAGAGAGAGCAAUCAUCCAAAAAUCGAUCUGGAACGAGCAGUGGUCUGUGAACUCGAGCUGUGGGAGUGCUGAGACUGUUUGGUUGAUAUCUCGAGUUUUACCAAUCCAAUUAAGGCGUGUGAGAUACCAAAAGAAAGCUCUCAAGACGAGGAAUCCGUGAAGGUCUGGUUUGCAUCAAUCGGAGUAGAGUAAGGCUUCCAAAUCGUCCGAGCAGAACGCGACCUCGCAGGAACGGAUUUACUCUUCUAAGAAACGAGUUAGCCGGAAAACACCCAUUCUAGGGGCUGUUUUCGUACCAACGUUUAGGGGUUGAGCUAGCACCUUGAAGGGGCUGUUUAACACUCAUAUUUAAGCAAGGAAUCAGUUCCAAAUCCACCUUGACCGAAGCUUUGACCAUUGGACCAAGAAGGGAAAGUUUAAAGCUCAAUUGAGGUUGAGGCUAGAGCUUGCAUCAUGUGCUCGUUGAUCGGGUGAUCCCUCGGAGAGAAGACUUGGUUCGUGCUUCCUCCGUUCUAUUUGAAACAUUAAUAAAUUUGCUCAUGGAUAUUUUACUAUAGAGCCUGCGUGCUCAUGAAUAGCCCUGUGUGGCUCUUUUGUUUUAAACAAUGUUUCCGCUGCGUUAUGAAUUACUUAUUAUGUUUGUUUAUGGAUGUAUAUGUGUGAAUGAUAUUCAAGACGCCUUGUAUAAUAUGAAUGUGUUGGACUGCGGUUGACUAUUCAUAUUGUACGGCGGGUUGUUGACGUGUCCGGAUAGGUCCGGGGCGUGACACUUUUAAUGGCUAAGCAUGAGGUAUCUGGUAGGAUGCUGCUAUGGAAUCCAUGAUCAACUAGUAUAUGAUAACUUGGACAUUGGAGGGAGGAGAACAGACUGAUCUUUGAGGAAGGCGGCGACGGUGAAGAGGCGGAAAUCGAACGAGAGGUAUUCUUGGUAAUAGGCACAACCAUUAGUCCAUUACUGACAGCUAGAAUGGUGAAAUUUCAUAUUUUCAGAGAGAUUAUGGCCUCCAUAUGACGUCCUGGAGGAGGUGUACCGAUCAAAGAAAUUGGAGAUAAAAGGAGCGACACCAGGGAGCGGGAGACAGAGGAUUAGAUGGUUGAAGGCAUAACCCUGCUAGAUGAGCCAAAAAACGGUGAGGAGGCGGUCCUGGCUACUAGGCUUGCCGGGGUCUUUGAGGAGGUUGUACCUCCAUGGGUACGAGCUCAAUAUUUCUUGUGAUUAUGAGGAGACAACUUUAUUUAAAUUUUAUCUUUUAUUUCAAAUUAGAUGGUGUUUUAGUUUUGUAUUUGUUCCUACUAACUGAACUCUAGAAUUUAAGUUGGAUGAUGAAAAGUCUAUUUCGCUCGUUAUUGGCUCAAUUAAGCCCAUUAUAGGAUCAUGAGUCA